UUUUCUUAUUACCGCUAUUGUGCCAUUCUACCACAUCUAACAAUGUGCUGGUCCAUGAUUAAUUAUCUGCUAGGCUUUUGUCCUCUAAAACGACAUGUUUUGGGACCGAUUGAUAAUUUCUUUUUAUACUAAUGUAUACAGAAGUGAUAAUGUCGCUUUCAAGUGUAAUCAUUUCCUGUUCACAAGUUAAGCUGCACUACUCUCCAGAGGAAGUUAGCUUUUCAAAAGUCCGUUGCUCAAAACAAUUAAUCAAUUUACAUUUAAGUCACAAAAUAUCACACUUGGAAUGAUGGCUUGCUGAAAACGAUACCUGAUAUAUUUUAUUACUUGCUAACCUCUCUAAUUGUACGUUCCCUUGAUUUCUUUUCUUUUAAUGUUAUUCAAUACUUGUGGUAGACUUGUACUUUCCAAUUUUCACUAUUUCAGACAGCAGGAAAUAGGGACAUUAGAAGUCAACUGUAGUUGGUACUAGUGGGCUUUGUGAUAGCAAUGGCAUAAAAUAGGCAAGAAGCUUUGAUUGAUCAUGUUAUUGCUAUCACCUCUUUGAUAUUUAUACUCCUCCCGUUUGCAAGGGACGCAAUGGGCAGGCAGUAAUCAAGACGAAGAAGGAAAACUUUCAGAAGUACCAUGACAAUUAGAGGCUUUGUCGACUGGAGGGGAACCCCCAUCAAUAGAGAGGUGCAUGGAGGAGUCAGAGCAGCAUGGUUUAUAUAUUAAUUGCAGACAUGGUUCCGGAUGAAACGUGUUCUUACUUUGAAACUUCUUCUCCACCUUUCCCCCCUUACAGUCUUGACAGUUGUAACAAACAUGGUGAAUAUCCCCAUUAUUCUGAAUUUGGUUACCUAUCUCCACGGAACAAUGCAUAUGGGGGUGUCGGGCUCUGCAACUACAGUCACUAAUUUUGUUGGUGCCACAUGUGGGUUUGCUUUGAUAGGAGCUUUUCUCUCAGACUCUUACAUCACUCGUUCUAGAACUAUACUUCUCUUUGGUCCAUUGGAAUUUCUGGGCUACGGAUUGCUUGCACUGCAAGCCCACCUUCCGUCACUCCAUCCACUGCCAUGCAAUAUUGAGGGUGAACUCACUAACUGCAAAGAGGUCCAUGGUUGGAACGCUACCCUAUUAUAUGCAGCAUUGUAUAUCAGUGCACUUGGUGAAGGUUGUGUGCGUGCUUGCUUGCCAUCCCUCGGAGCGGACCAGUUUGACCAUGAAGAUCCCUCCGAGUCCCGUCAACAGUCCAGCUUUUUUAACUGGUUCACCUUCGGAAUCUCCUUUGGAGGUUUAGUAGGGCUAAUUCUCAUUGUGUGGAUCCAGAACUACAAGGGGUGGGACAUUGGACUUGGCUUGGGUGCCAUCCUAAUUCUGCUUGGGUUGCUUGUGGUUGCGAUCGGCCUCCCUUUCUACCGCAACCAAGUACCAGAAGGAAGUCCUCUAACUCGAAUACUGCAGGUUCUUGUGGUUGCAUUCAGAAACAGGAAGCUCGAGCUUCCUGAGCAGCUGGAAGAAGCACACGAAAACGGUGCUGGGCCAUGCACUGUUGAAGUGCUCUCCCGUACAAAUAACCUGAAAUUCCUCGACAAAGCUUGCAUUAACCGUGGGAAAGAUGGAGCCUGGUAUCAUUGUAGUGUCGCGAAGGUGGAGGAGACGAAGAUUGUGCUCCGUAUGCUUCCUCUGUUUGUCAGCUCCAUGGUCGGAUAUGUAUCGAACCCUAUCCUCUUAACGUUCACUGUGCAGCAAGGUGGCAUGACAAACACAAAGCUCGGAAAGAUCCAUAUUUCCCCUGCAACACUCUUCAUCAUCCCCAUCACAUUCCAGACGGUAAUGCUCGCCAUCUACGACCGGUUUAUUGUGCCAUUCAUGCGCAGGCGCACGGGCUAUGCCAGUGGCAUCACUCAUUUGCAGCGCAUUAGCUUAGGCUUCGCCUCCAUGAUACUCGCACCAGUUAUCGCGGCAGUGGUUGAGAGAAAGAGAAAGGAAGCUGCAGUGCAGAUGUCCCUGUUCUGGCUCACACCUCAGUUCUUCCUGCUGGGCUUGUCUGAUGUGACAUCAUUUCCCGGGCUCCUCGAGUUCUUCAACAGUGAGGCGCCACGGGGCAUGAAGUCGAUCGCCACAGCGUUGUUCUGGUGUGAGAUAGGGAUGUCCUCGUUGCUGGCCACUUUCAUGGUGCAAGUUGUGAACAGGGCCACGAGGCAUGGGAGCCUGGGAGGGUGGCUAGAGGGUACGAGUUUAAACAACAGCCAUCUUGACCUGUUCUACUGGGUUGUGACUAUUGUCGGAUUGCUCGCCUUCUUGAACUACCUGUACUGGGCGAAAAAGUAUGUCUACCGGCACAACCCACGCAUUGUUGACGAGCCAUCAGUGGAUCAAGAAUCACCUUGAACUGUCGCACUCGCA